UGUUCACCUUUUCCUACUUUUAACAAUCAUGGCGACACACGGAAGAGGCUCUGCGGCAGGUUGGCCAAAGGGAAAUACUCAAAGCCAAUUUACAGGAAAAUAUAUGGCUCAAAGCAAUAACCUUCUAUCGUUAACAAUAAACAGAACGAUUAACCUGUACCCUUUGACAAACUAUACUUUUGGAACUAAAGAACCUUUGUAUGAAAAAGAUGGUUCUGUACCUGAAAGAUUCCAAAGAAUGAAAGAUGAAUUUGACAAAAUUGGAAUGAGGCAUUCAGUAGAAGGUGUCCUUUUGGUUCAUGAACAUGGCUUACCUCACGUACUUCUGCUACAACUUGGAACUACUUUUUUUAAACUACCAGGUGGGGAGCUUGAUGCUGGUGAAGAUGAAGUUGAUGGGUUGAAGAGGUUAAUGGCAGAAAUUUUAGGACGACAAGAUGGAGUCAAACAAGAGUGGAUUAUUGAAGAUACCGUAGGAAGAUGGUGGAGACCUAAUUUUGAACCUCCUCAGUACCCUUAUGUGCCACCUCACAUUACUAAACCUAAAGAACACAAGAAGUUGUUCCUUGUGCAGCUUCCUGAAAAAGCAUUAUUUGCAGUACCAAAGAACUACAAGCUUGUUGCAGCACCUCUCUUUGAGUUGUAUGACAAUGCUCAAGGUUAUGGACCUAUUAUUUCCAGCCUUCCUCAAGCUUUGAGUAGGUUCAACUUUAUAUAUUUGUGACAACAACCAGAAGAUUGCAUUGGAUUUUACCUUUUUAGUUUGUCACUUAGUUCUAAGGGUAUUGUUUUUUUUGUUUGUGUUUGACAAACAACAACAUCAAGCUUUUUUGAGGUAAAAUGAAAACAUAAUGCUUGUACUGGCAGAUCUGUUCAUGAAUACAGGUAUUCAUAAUUUUCAGAACUGUAUUCUAAAUAAAGAAAUGAUAUAUAUCAAGAAAAGCAACCUAUAAAACCAUUCUCUAGUUCACUAGAAAUUCACUAUCCAUAACUUUUUUCAGGUACAUUUGGUUUUGUGUUAUUUGAGUCUUAUAAAUUUGAAAACGAUAAGCAGAACACUACCUACUACAAAGACUGUAUGUCAAGAAAUUUAAAAUUUGGUUUGAUCAAAUUGUUGUAAAGGUCUUUAUUACAUAUGUGUGUGUGUUUUCUUUACAGUAUGUUACUUUCAGUAAUUCCUUUGCAAUAACAAUUUAAUGCUUUUUUCUAAAACAUUUUGUAUUCCCAAUUGGAAAAAAAAAAACUUAUUGGCUUUAAACAACUCUGAUUUGAAUGUUGUUGAUUGUGUGAAGAUAUUUUGAAUUAAAGAAAAUCAAAGGACAUGAAAAAUGUAAGAUAAUCUUGAUAUAAUUUUCUUUGUGUGUUUUAAAUUUUUUUCCUUCAAAUUUAAAGCAUCAUUAUACAUAUACUUGAAAGACCUUGGAAGAGUAACUUUACUGUGAAUUUUUUUAGGUUUAUAUGAUAAUAUGCUUUUCAAACUUUCUUGAUCUAAUAGUACAAUGAUUUGUAAAAAAGGCAAUAUUCAAAAACUAAUUGUUACAUAGAUUAAAAAUUUUCCUGUGUGAGACCGUAAUUUGUUGACUGUAAAGCAACUUGUUAAAAAAAAAAAAAAUCUGGGAAGUGAUACAUGUUUUCAGCACUUUGUUAGUUUCAUACAAACGUUGGAAUUGUGAGCUGUAUUAUUAUACUUGAAUUUACUCUAGUGUAAGUACCAUGCUACAGUAUUAUCCUCUUCAGGUUUCCAAGUGCUGUACGUAAAGAUGAACUCUCAUAUGAUUCACCAUUUACAUUUAGAAAUUUUAAUAAGAUAAAUGUGAUUAUCAAGUAACUUACAUUAUAAAAUGACAAUAAUUUUAACGGUAUUUCAGGUUUUUUACCAUUGGUUGAAAGAAAAGGUAUUGUGAUAAAGCACAAAGUUUUUCACAAAUUAUCUAGACUGAUAUCGUGAAAAUGUGACUCGUUCUGACCCACUCACUGAGUCACUGUUAAUAAGUUAAUAUUGGAGUACUUUUUUUUUUUUAAUACAGUAAGUUAUUCUACUAAAAUAAUCAAGUAUUUAUUAAAACAAAAACAUUUAUUGUUCACAUCUGCACAGAAAACUCAUUACGCAUUGUUCAUUACUUCUCAUUUUAUCAUUAAGAACACAAAACUUUCAUAUACUUGGUGUAAAUGGUCAUACUUACUUCGUAUUUUAUCUAUUGUACCUGUAUCUUAGUGUGAAGCAUUAAAGAAAACAUGAAUAUCUGUACCUAA